AUGGCGGACAACGACAUUGCUACGCGUGCGCCCGAGAGCGAUGCGCAGGAGACGCCUCGAGAGCAACCCCAAGAGCCUAAGCCAGCAGAGGAGAGCGUCUUUCCUGGAGACACUAGGGCGCAACAAGGGCCAAGCAUGGGUGAACACUGCACAACAGAUCGCCCGACCCCUUCUGGCGAGAAGCCCACCGGUGACCUUACGAAACUAGGCGGCGUUGACUGCUACAUCGCGAAACCGGCCGACUAUCCACAUUCACCCUCGAAGCUCCUGCUUAUGCUCACCGGCGGCACAGGCGUCAAGUCUACCAACAACCAGUUGCAGGCUGACAAAUACGCAUCCCAAGGUUACCUGGUCGUCAUGCCUGACCAAUUCGACAACGACCCGGCGCCGAAUACUGUUGAUAUGACAGAAAUUCCAAAGGAAGCGUCGUGGCUAGAGUCAGUCAAGCUGAGGACUGCUGAGGGUAUCAAAUCAUUCAUGAUCGACAUGUGGCUUGCUCGUCAUACCCCAGAGAAGGUCCUUCCGCUACUUCACAAAGUUGUCGAGGGUGCAAGGGAGGAGUAUGCCGACGCUGUUGCCAACGGUGGAGGCAUGUACGGCGUUGGCUACUGCUUCGGCGCCAAGUACAUCCUUAUGCUGGCCUCAGAGCUGCCCGACACCGUCGCCUGGGGUCAAGAAGCCCAGAAAGACGUAGAGCAAGGCACGGUUAAGAAAGAGCCGGUCCUUAGAGCCGGUGCGGUUGCGCACCCAACCAUGACAUACAAAGAGGACCUUGAAGCCGUCAAGUCUCCCGUCUACAUUGCCGCUGUCAAGGAUGAUCCCAUGUUCUCUGAGGACGAGGCAUUGACACCUGGACGAAGAGCCAUGGAAAACAAUAAAAUCGAGCAUGAGAUACAAGUCUUCUCUGACGUGCCUCACGGCUUUGCCGUCUAUGGAGAUUACGAGGACUCCAAGAUCAAGCAGUCACAAGCACAAGCUUUUGGUCAGAUGUUGGGUUGGAUACAGUCUCACUAG